GGGUUGCGGGGCGGGUGCUGAGCUCUGUGUGCCGGAUAUUAUCACUCGCUGCUCUCGGGAGACGGCACGGACACCGGACAGCUCUGACAUCCCCGGUCUCCCGCCUUCCAGGUUUCACAUGUUCCCGGUAAGUAGAGAACCGGCGGUGGAGUAGCCUUGGGGGCACAUUACGUGAUGGACCGAAGGUGACAGCAGCUGAGGAUGCCCCUGACUGAUAAGCUACGUGAGAGGAUAUCACAGGCCUUCUACAGGCACGGUCUGCUGUGUGCAUCCUACCCAAUACCCAUCAUCCUCUUCACAGCCCUGUGCAUCCUAGCCUGCUGUUGCCCUCUGUUAAAGCUCCCUCUGCCCGGGACAGGACCAGUUGAGUACAUCACCCCCGUGAAGGAUUACUCUCCCCCUCCAGCUGACGUGAGCCCCGACACUCACAGCGAGCGUCCGGAUUGGUAUCUCGGCCUACCCGUAGCCUACAUCCAGCAAGUCUUGGUUAAAGGGGUGGUGUCUCCGUGGGACAAGAACUUCCUGGCUGUGGAUGUGUUUCGCUCUCCGCUCUCCCGAGUGUUCCAGUUGGUGGAGGAGAUCAGGAACCAUGUUCUGAGAGAGAGGAGCAGCGAGAAGAUCCUGGAGGAUGUGUGCCUGCAGGUGACCGACCUCCUGCCAGGACUGAAGAAGCUCCGGGACAGGCUACCAGAACAUGGCUGCCUCCUGCUGUCCCCAGCUAACUUCUGGCAGAACAGCCGCGAACAGUUCAAUAAUGACCCAGAUCUUAUUCGGACCAUUCAACAACAUGAGCCCAAGACCCUGCAGACCUCGGCCACCCUUAGAGAAUUACUUUUCGGCGUUCCGGGGAAGCAGAGCGGAAUCAGCCUGUACAACCGCAAGCGGAUCGUGUCUUACACCGUCACUCUGGCUCUGCGCACACAUGAUGCAAAAUUCCUGAGUAGCCUGAGGUCUCGCCUCCGACAACUCUAUCCCAGCACCAAUUGCACCUCCCGAGGGCAAAACAUUGUCCACGUCCAUUUCAAGGAGGAGAUCGGGAUCGCAGAGCUGAUUCCUCUGGUCACCACCUACUUCAUACUUUUCGCAUACAUCUACUUCUCCACCAGUAAGUACACGAUUCUCCACCAGUAA